CCAGCCCCAUCCAGUGCCUGGCGAAUCACAUUUGACUUUGAUUUUAUUGGUCUACAUAUUGUACUUGACGAUUAGCCUUUACCUUUAUUUCGAAUGCAAAUAUUCGCCAACUUUAAAGUUGCGCAAGAGUGCCUGACCAGCAAUCCCAAUCCCAAUCCGAAACCAAGUCCGAUCAUCGUGUAAGACCAACUGGGGGGACCCGCUGAGGCAGUGCAACGUCUCUGCUGAGAUUUCAAGUUCAAACGAGUCGCCAAGAGACUUUGUCUAACUUCGACGCGACCUUCCGACAAUUACUGGAAAUAUGUGGCACUGUCCAAUUACGGAUGGGGCGGGUUUUUGGCAAUUGAAAUUCGGAUUUGAGAUCCGAAUCCGAUUCGGAGGAGCGUGCCACACACAACAAGUGUGAAGCGACGACAGCAAUUUGUUGAAUGCAUCAUCCAUCAUUGAUCGAUAGAUCGAUCGUUGCGUUCCGAUGCGUCGCUUGGCGAUGCGAUGCCUUUAAUUGUAGAACUGGGGCAAGCAUCUGAGACUCAUCCCUAAACAGGGUGUUUACCUGUAGUUGCGCCGCAGUUGACUUUGACACUGAUCGCGAUCGCAAUUGCGAUCGCUCCCCCAAGUCCAUUUCCAUUUCCAUUUGCAACGAAUAACGAGUGCGAAUCGCGGUAUAAAUAUGCGCGGCAUAGCCCACUGAUUGUUCAGACAGCGAGACGCGUUCAGCUUUGGAGGUGGUCUGCGAUCGUCAAACGAUUCGCAAUUGGUUUUUGUUUUUAAUCGGUGCCAGGAUCACAGGAACACGAACACACCAUGCUGAGUCGAGCACUGCUGAUGCUUUUGCUGCUAGCAGGCUGGAGCUAUGUGGAGGCAGCCACCCAUGUGAACAUCUCCAUUGCGCAGCAGUCGGCCACGAAUCCAGCGGACGUUAGCUAUGUGGAUGGACCAGCUCCAGCGGAGCUGAGAGCGGGUCCCGCCAUGAUGAAUGAGGAGGAACGCUUUGAGAGGAUUCAAGAGAGAUCCCAGCAACAGCAGCAGCAGUCGCAGAUGGGCCAACAGCAGCAGCAGCAGGUGGGACAGCAGCAGCAACAGCAAUCUCCUCAGCUAACUCCUCGGCAGGGAUUGGGAAUGCAGACCUCAUCUGGCGGCUCCAAGAACGGACGCAUGCCCCGUCGCCGUAACCAGAGCCGCCGCUUGCACCAGCAACUGCAGCCGCAGCUUCAGGCACCGCACAAUGGACAAUUCCGUCAGCGGAAUCAACAGCUGCGCCAGAACCAGGAGUUCGAGCGGUACAUCCAGUCCUACCAUAGCCACGGACCCACCGUCGAGACUGUCUAUGAAUCAUCGAAUCCUGCGCCACAGCGCUACACGCAGACCAGCUCGGGAGUGACUUCCUCCGCGGACGACAGUGUGCCACAGAAGUUGGUGGCCAUUGGGGGUUCCCGAUCGCAGCAGUUGCGCAUGUUCGAGCGACAAGUGGCAGCACCAGUGUCAGUGUCAGUGUCAUCCUCCCAGGGACAAAGCGCCAAUGUGGAGGUGGCCCCGGACAGUAAGCCCAUCUAUGAGACUCCCCAGGCUCCAGUGGCAGCCGCAGUGCACUCCUCCUCGUCUGGCGGCAGCAGCAGCGGCUCCUCCUCCUCCUCCGUAUCAUCCAGUGUUUCGGUGCCUGCUGGUGCGCCAGAAGCCGUUCCCAGCUACGAUUCCAAAUCCAGCUACAAUCCUGCCACCAGCUAUAACAGACCCAGCUACGAUCCGAAUCUGUACCAGUACGACGAAGGCCAGGAUGUGGACUACCAGGGCCAGUACCCGCCAGAGCUGGACGAUGGUCAGGGUUACGAUUCGCAGGGCUACGAUGACUACGGCGAUCAGGCGUCCUCCUAUCCAGGCGGAUCGGGCUAUCUGCCGCCCGCUCCCCCGCGUAGCUAUGCUCCGCCUCAGCGGCCGAUGGUCACCAAAACGAUUCAGAUUGCGCAGCCAGCGCUCAAGGCGAAGAAGUACGAGGUCCGGCAUCCGGCCAUCCAGAAGGAGUUCUACGACAUCGAGGAGCGUGUCCGGAUCAAGCCAGCGGGCACGCUUGUCGUGGAGCUGGAUCACCCAGUGGCCAAGAUUCCCAAGGGGGAAACUCUGCUGCCACUGGGACACCCGCAUCCCGCGGUGGCUGCCGCCUACAGCAACAACGGACAGAGCUACAACACCCAGAGCAGCUACAACGGCAACGGCAAUGGCAACGAGUACCGACCUUCCUACGACUCGUACGACUCCCCGGCCACGUCCAAGGAUCAGCAGCCGACCACCGUUGGCUCCAGUGUGACCACCAUGCCCUCGUACGAUCAGGCGCCGAAGGAUGAGUACGUGGAGGCAAAACUCCAGCAGCAGAAGCCGCAGCAGCAGCAGCCAGCGGGCGAUGUUGUCGACAGUCGCCAGAGCACAUCCAGCUCGGUCUCUGCCGUCGAUGGCAAUGGCAAUCCCAUCCAGAUCAACACAAAACACCUCACACCCAACAUGAUUACCCGUGCGGAGCCGGAGCAGGAGUAUUCCAGAAGUAUUCCGCCCAACGAGGUGCCCAACUAUGAGCGUCCCCCGCAGCGCAGCUACCAGCAGAGGACCAGCUACAACCGACAGCCCCAGCCUCAGAGCUACAACAAUAAUGAAGACUACUUUGCCGGGGAGUUCCUGCCGAACGUCAAUGCCGCCAAUGUGGAGGCCAAGCCAGCGAGAUUGGAGCUGGAACCGGUCGAACCGGAGCAGCCACGCACUCAGAUCAUCAAGCACGAGCACAAGAUCCAUCUGCCGCCGUCGCAGCACAACAUUUACCUGGGUCGCAGCAGCCAGACGCCGCCCAAGGAGCAGAGAAUCACCGAAGUGCCCGCUCGUGUGGCCGAAAUCAAGCCCUAUCUGCGCAACCACGUGGGACCCACGGUGGUCUAUGCCAAGGCUGCUGUAAAGCCUGCCGUUCAAAGGGGAUACUAUGUCCAGUCGUCGCGUCUACGCAAUCCGCUGGCCGAGGAUCUGGAGUACAGUGCCCCCUACUCCCAAAUGAGAUUCAGUCCCGAGAAUCAGUCCGCCAGGCUGGUGGAGGCGGCUCCAGUUAAAGAGUUGGAGGCGCCCAAGGAGAAGGCGUCCCAGGAUACUCACAUUCAAAUCCAAAUCGGAAAUCGGAAUGAGGGAAAACAGCCCAUGGUGGUGGCAUCCACCAUCAGCCCGGAUUGUGACAGGGGACAGCAGCAGCUGCAGUUGCAGCAGCAGCAGCGGCAGCCAUCGGCACGUCUCCAGCAGCGACAGCAGCAGUCACAACGUCUGGUGGAGGCUCCAGCAACUGCCGAAGUGUCUGCCACAAAGGCUACACCCACGCCCGUCCAGGCACAGCCUCAGGAUGUGGAUGUCUCCCUCAAUGGCGGUGCCGGACAUCUGAAGCCGAACGAGCGGGUGAUCGCCGCCACGGCAGCGCCGACCGAUGCGGCAGCCACGAGCGAAACCUUCCAUAAGCGUCGCAUUGUGGUCAACCAUCCGUUCCAGACGGUUCGCGAAGUAGUGGAGCACGAGCCGAUCACCAACUACCAUCAGAUCCAAGUGAACGAGCACGCCCAUCCAGCGCUGUACCAUCAGGCGGCCUACUACCAGCCGCCAGUGCAAACGCAUGGCAAUCUGGUGCACUUUCACUCGACCUCAACGCAUGGCAACCUCUACGCUCCGUACGGUUAGGACCGAUCCUCCAUCCCCAAAGUGGCAACAAACCGAAACGACACGAACUGUGGCUUUUUAUCUUUGUUAAUGCAUUUUCAUUGUUAUUUCUUGUUAGGAAUUUAGCUUAGAAUUAAGUACUCAAAAUCGGUGGGAGGGCCCUUUCCCUGUUUGAUCUUGAUCUUCUUCGAAUUAAUUUGGUUUACAAAUGUAGGAUUAAGUGCAGAAUUACUUGCCAUUAAUAAAGCACAUACGAAAUGC